ACACUGCUUCAGAAUUUAUUUUUAUCUGUGUUUUUUUUUGAGACUUGAACCACCUCCUCCCCCCUUGAGCACAUUCAUUGAAAACGUAGACCGAAAAAGAUAGCAAUUUUCAAACAAAUUUGUUGGAUAAAAUGAUGAACCUGAAGUAAUUAUCCACAUAUCAUUCAGUAAUCCAAUCUCGAAGGAUGGUCUAAAAAUCGGAAAUUUCGCCUAGAAAUCAUGAGAAUCAGAUCGUUGAAAUGAAACUAAAUACUCGAUUUGGAAUUUAAUCUUCCCGUCAUCGUUCAUCAUGGAGGAGGAAGUGAUCUUGCUGAAGCAAGAAGUUGAACGUUUAACCAGGGAACUAGAUAAAGCAAGUAGUGAAAAUAUUCAAUCAGCCAAAUAUGGAUUGGGUCUGCUGGAAGAGAAAAAGAGCUUGGAGCAGAGAUGCGACGAACUAGAAGGAUUGUACGAGAAUACCAGACAUGAGCUGGAUAUUACACUCGAGGCGCUGGAUAAAUUCCAAACAUCUCACAAAGUUACAACAAAAUCUGGCAUCGAACAGGAGGAAUCACUACUUUCCGAAACAGCAGCUCGAGAGACUUCGUUGAACUCUCAAAUAUUAGAAUUAGAAAAUGACGUGAAUAAGCUGCGUCAAGAAUUAGAACGAGUUGUCGAAGAAAGAAAUCGUAUGAUAAACGAAAAUAACGAAUGGAGUAAAUUAAAAGAUGAAAGCGAUUCAGAAAUGAAAUUUCUUCGAGCCGAACUGAGAGAAAUAAAAUUCCGUGAAACUCGUUUAAUUGCUGACUACUCCGAACUCGAAGAAGAAAACAUAUCAUUACAAAAACAAGUCUCCGUUUUGAAAUCAUCCCAAGUUGAAUUCGAAGGAGCUAAACAUGAAAUUAGAAGACUGCAAGAAGACGUUGAAGUAUUCCAACAGCAAAUCGAGGAGCUAACGAAAUUGAAAAAAAUUGCCGAGAAGCAGAUGGAAGAAGCAUUGGAAUCUUUACAGGGCGAACGUGAGGCUAAAUAUGCUAUGAAGAAAGAACUAGAUAGUAGAAUAAAUAACGAAUCGAUGUACAACCUUAGCAACUUAGCUUUCAGUAUUCGAGGUAUCACCGAUGAUCCAAAUAUCGGAAGUGAUGGCGAAGAUGAUCUUCCCAGGUUACCUACAAACGCUGAUGGAUCGUCGAAUUCCGACAUGAACGCAGAAUCUGGAAAACAAGUCGAUUUAUUCAGUGAAAUACACUUGAAUGAGUUGAAAAAAUUGGAAAAGCAAUUGGAACAGAUGGAAAGCGAGAAAGUAUCUCUUACUCAGAACCUGAAAGAAUCGCAAUCUGUUGCUGAACGAAGUCAAGCCGAAUUACAAAGCCUUAUGACGAAAUUAGUCCAAUUAGGAGCUCGUAUCCAAUCUUUAGAUCAUAUCAGAGAUCAAGCUGCUCAGAAAAUCGUUGCUAAAAACGAACUUUCAGUUGAGCAGCUUAGUUUGACUGUAACACAAUAUCAACAAUGGUUCGCAUUGGCUUCCAAAGAAAUCGAACAGAUUCGUAAAGAACUGGAAGAUCUCGAAAACGAGAUCAAUUGUUCAGAAGUCACGCUUCAGUUGAAGAACGAAUUGACCAAUGUGAAGAAUAAAUUAUUGGAUACCGAGCAAAGAGCAAUGGAAUUAGAAUCAGACGUUCAAUUACUAGGAGAGCUCGCCGGAGAAGCCAGCUCCUCUUUGGAUACAGCUCAAAAUGAUCUUUUGAUGGUAACUGAAGAAUUAGCUCAGUUAUACCAUCAUGUCUGUACGGUUAACGGAGAAACACCUUCCAGAGUGAUUUUAGAUCAUGAGAAACACGCUGAAACCACUGCGGAUUCUUCGGUAGAAAAAGGAAAAGAAGAAAUUACCAAAUUUGGUCUACUUAGAGCUCGUUUGAAAGCCGACAUACCAGUGAAAGAAUUGGAAAGCUUGACCGAUGCAUCUUCCAUCUCGAAACAAGUAGAAACGAUUUUAGAUCAGAUAAAACAUCUCCGCGCUGCCGUCUCUACCACCAUCGAUAAAGCUAAAAAUAAACCUCCUCGUAAAGCCAACGAACCUUUCGAGUCGAAUGUGAAUAGCGAAGAAAUAAACGAAUUACAAGAACAGGUCAUCAAACUGAAAGCUCUUCUGUCUACCAAACGCGAACAAAUCGCUACGCUGCGUUCUGUAUUGAAAUCGAACAAGGCGACGGCCGAAGACGCUUUGAAUAAUUUGAAAUCCAAGUACGAUAAAGAGAAAGGUAUCGUGUCUGAGACGAUGAUGAAGUUGAGGAACGAGCUGCGCACGUUGAAAGAAGAUGCCGCCACAUUUUCAAGUCUCAGAGCGAUGUUCGCUGCUCGUUGCGAAGAAUACGUAACUCAGGUCGAUGAACUUAAUAGGCAACUGUCUGCCGCUGAAGAUGAGAAGAAAACACUGAACCAGUUGCUACGUUUGGCUGUCAAACAAAAACUAGACGUGACUCAAAGACUGGAAGACAUCGAAAUGGAUCGUGAAAUGCGUAACGCUCGUCGUCCAGUUGUGAAUGUGAUGAGAGGAGGCACUCCUUCAAAAGGCAGGUUCCCUCAGUCACCUAGGAGAAUGGUAUAGAAGCAUAUUGCUGAAACCCAGUGACAAUGUUGGUUUUAAAAUUUUUUUUUUCAUGAUGUACAUAUCGAGUGUAUAAAUCAACUAAUUUUUAAUCGUGUAGUCGAAUUUUCCUCGAGGAAGGAUCGAUGAGACGAAAAUCUCGAAGAAGGCGAUAGUAAGGAAUGCCUGAAGUUUGUGAGGUUUUGAGCUGGAGUUCAAAAAAUUGACCAGGUUUUUGUUUUGACCUUGAAUUGCGUAAAAAAUGAGAAUUUUAGAAGGAGAAAAAACUAAGGUGAAGAUAAAUUUCAGUUUCGAUGCCAAAAAUAUUUUUCAAGUGAAAUGAGGGGUUCUUAAAAUAAUGAUAUAAAUAGGAAAAACUUGAAGAAAAUUUAAUUUCUCGUCAAAUAAACGAUAAAAAACUUGGAAACAUUUUUCAGUGUUAGAAAUGUUCACCAGAGAAGCAAUUUUUGAACACGGGUUCCCUAACAUAUCGAAAAAUAUUGUUGGCUUCAGAUCCUGAGUGAGGUGCUAUUUUCAAUACUCAAUUAAAUCUGCUACAAAUUCGAAUUAUUUUACGCUUCACAAUAUUAUUGUCAUUUUUUGAAUCCUAUUCAAGUCAAUUUCAAAAAUUCAGGGGCUUCCAAAAUUUACCAACAUUGAAAAUGCUUCUCUGAAAUUUAUUCUACUAGCCAACUUACUUACUAUAUUCUUCUCAAAUACGAAAUCCGUGGUCAUUAAAAUGUCCUAAUUUCGAAUCGAUUCUUCCAAAAUGGGAAAAUUCCUCUUCUACAACGCACGGCCUUCGCAGCCGACCAAUAUUUUCUAUCUGCCAAUACACUGACUAUAAGUACGCGAUUAGGCGAAACGCGCAAGUUGCCAAAAGUAAUUAUGCAUUUUAUCUUUCUUUAUAUUUUGUUUUAUUCUCGAACGUUUUACACCGGUAAAAAAAAAUCGUGUGCCAUGUUUUUCGCGAAAUCUACUUAUAAGCGGUGCAUUUCCAAAAGUACUUAACCAAUAAUACACAUGACACUCGAUUUAAAUUAUUUUUUCCUAGUUGAAAAGGUUAGUGCAAUAUAAAUGUAAGUUGUGUUUUUUUCUCUCUCUCUCUGCCGGUACAUUUUCCGUCGUCGUCGCUGUUUCAAAAUGAAUUUCUCGUCGUCCUUAUAAUUAUCCGUCCAAUACGAUGUGAUUUUAAGCGUACAGCUGUUCCAGCUAAAAGAAUUCGGGCUCGAUUCGAAGUACUGAGAUUUUACAAAAUGUUCAACGCCGUAGAAUAAUAAUUAUUCCAAAGCGUACGCUUUUAAUCCAAACCUAAGUCAAAAGUCCUUCUCUAUUUUUUUAGUUGUAAGACAAUUAGAUAUCGACUAUGUAAAUUAUUAUAAUUUAUUGGUUGUAGUUGGUAAUAAUGUGACCUCCCUCCCCAGUCCCCCUCCCUGUACUCCGUAAAUUUUGAUUUUUAUCACAUAAUACUUCUGUUUUCGAGGUUCUUUUUUAAACUAUAAGAUAAUUUAUAACGUCCAUAUUAUAUUGUUAUAAUAAAUUUUUAAAAAAGGAAAGGAAGGGAUUAGAAUUUUAGAGAAAUUUGUUUAUGGUUAUUUCUCUCUUUAUUACGUUUUAUUAUUGUGUUUAUUUAUUCUUCUUAGCUUUUGUAUUUUAUGGCAGCUUGGUUUGUGUAAUUUUUCUUCUUUCUUUGUAACCGAUUUGUUUUUAUUGGAAAAAAUUUUACUUAUUAACUUGUGGCAUGUUUUAUCGUGAUUUUUAUCUUAUUGUGAAACCCGUAUCGGAGGUAUUGUUAAAUUUUCUAAUUUUAUAUAAAUUAUAUAAACGGUUGUAUUGUG